AUGCCGGGCGUUCAUGGAGAAGGUUGCGGCUGUAAGGCGGAGACAGAACUCACAAUCGGUGAAUUCCUGUACGGAUACAUCGAUAGAGAAGGCGUCCGCGGUGUGAACGAACAGGAGAGGGGAUCGGCUAAGAAAGUCAUUAAAACUUACGACGAACGACUCGAUGACUCUCUGUCGUGCAAGAGUGAACAAGAUGAUUCAGAGCUUAUUUCUAGUUUGAUAGUCAUCGGCGGGGGAGAAGGUCGCGCACCUGGCAAAGUGAAGGUCUUCGCGAACCGUGAGGACCUGGACUUUACCAACGUGAGGGAGACAGAAUGCGUUCAGGAGAUCGAUUUGACAGAAGACUUCCAUGGCGCAGUAGAGUACCCUCUAAAGGUCACCAAACUGCAGAAUGUGUCGUCUCUGGCAUUGUAUUUUCCUGAAAACUUUGGAGGCGACUGCACGGAAAUCGUUUAUAUCGGACUCAGGGGUGUUGGGUCGAAAUACCAGCGCAGAGCCGUUCAAACGGUGUAUGAGGCGCAACCAAACCUCAAAGAUCACAAACAGCCGGGAGACCAAUUUACCCCUCAGAUGGGGCUUUAA